AUGAGCAGCCGGGCAGGCCCGGGCCCCGGCGCCCCAUCUUCUCCCCCGCCCGCCUCCCCGGCCACCCCAAGACUCGGGUCCGAGGCCGGCCCAGACGAGCCCGACGCGCCCACUACUUUCUGUAAGCUCCUGCCCAGGAUGUCCCCGUGGAAGUUCUCGGGCCCCGCCGCCUUUCUCAGCCGCAGCCCGUCCAGCGCUGGGAAGGAGCUAGCCCCAGCGGCGGCCACCAAGGGCGGCGGCCUGGAGGAGGCGGCAGCGCCGGGAACCGGGGCUGGGCCCGGCCUGGCCGCGGUGCUGGGCGCUUGUGAACCCGUUUGUGCCAGUCCCUGCUCCCUGCAGCUGGUGAGCCGCUGCCGGGGCGCGGCUGGGGCCCGCCAGGCCGGGGCUGGGGCAGGGGCGCGGGGGGUCGGGCCCGGGGCACGAGCACCGCAGGCUGGCGACGAGUGGAGUCGCAAGGGCAGUUUUAUCCACAAGCCCCCGCAGGGCUGGCUGCACCCGGACGACAGGGUCCUGGGUCCUGGGGUCUCCUACAUCGUGCGGUACAUGGGCUGCAUAGAGGUACUGCGAUCCAUGAGGUCCCUGGAUUUUAACACCCGAACUCAGGUCACCCGGGAGGCGAUCAAUAGGCUUUAUGAAGCAGUGCCUGGUGUCCGAGGUGCCUGGAAGAAAAAGGCCCCCAAUAAAGCCCUGUUCUCCAUCCUUGGCAAGAGCAACCUCCGUUUUGCUGGUAUGAGCAUUACAAUCAACAUCUCCAUUGAUGGUCUCAACCUUAUGGUGCCCACCACUCGCCAGGUAAGCAGCAACCCUGGCCAGCCCUGUGAUGAUGGCUACUUGCAGGCAGACAGCCGGCCUCUGGGCUCUCGGGACUAUGAAGAACACAUGUAUGUGAACACACAGAACCUGGAGAGCUGGGAGACAGAGCCUGCUGCCCCGGAAGAGAGCCCCAAGAAGGACCUUUUUGAUAUGAGGCCCUUUGAAGAUGCUUUGAAAUUGCACGAGUGCUCUGUGUCCAGCAGUGGUCCUGUCCCCAUCGAGGACCAGUGGCCCAGUCCACCCACUCGCCGGGCUCCCAUUGCGCCGACAGAGGAGCAGCUACGCCGAGAGCCCUGGUACCACGGCAAGAUGAGCCGGCGGGCAGCAGAGAAGCUGCUCAGAGCAGAUGGGGAUUUCCUGGUGCGGGACAGUGUCACUAACCCUGGACAGUAUGUUCUCACAGGCAUGCAUGGUGGACAGCCCAAACAUCUGCUCCUGGUGGACCCUGAGGGAGUGGUACGGACCAAGGAUGUGUUGUUUGAGAGCAUCAGCCACCUUAUUGAUUACCAUCUGCAGAAUGGGCAGCCCAUUCUGGCUGCUGAGAGUGAACUGCACCUUCGAGAUGUGGUCAAGCGAGAAUCCUGA